AUGCGCCGGGAGCCUCCCCGUGGACCAAAGGCUCUGGUCGAUGCGCCGAGCGGUCCCCGAGCGACCAGUUUUUCCGCCGACUUUAGGGGUGGUCGAGGCCGAGGCCGAGGCCGAAACUGGCCAGCCGGAGACGAGCCCAGGGAUCGCGGCAGGGACAGAGAGGUCGACUACCGAGACAGGUACCGCGACGAAAGGAGCCGAGAGCGUGAGCGUGAGCGUGACCGCGAGCGAGAUCGAGACUGGAGAGAUUCGCGAGACUUUCGCUCCCGCCGCUCCCCGCCGGCACGCGCUCGAUCCCCCGCGCGAGACUUUCGAGACCGCGACCGAGAUGGGCCGCCUGGAGUGGACGCCGACCGGUCCCGACGCGGCUCCCGAGACGGCGGUCCCCCGUCGGCAGGAUCCACGUCGUCCGAUGCCCCGUUCGGGUUGCCCUUUGGACGUGGCGCAGGUCACGCUCGCGGUCGAGGAGGACGCGGAGGCAGAGGGGACUGGUCGUCGGAUCGAGGCCGGGGCCGCACGCCGUUCGACGACCGUGCCGACCGUUACCCUCGUAGCCGCUCGCAAGAAGGCCGACACGCUCGGGACCGAGACGACCGGGACCGUGGCGACCGAUACCCCGAGGACAUGCGGCGGGAAUCCCGCGAUGAGAGGGAUCGUGGCGAAUGGGAUUUGAUACGAUCCAAACGCGAUGCCCGCCACUCCAUCGCCCACGGCGCUGUCCCACAGCCCAAGGAGGUCUCCCCUCCGCCCGUCGCGCCUUCGGCUCCUGCGUUCGGUUCGGUUCCGAGCCGCAACGCGAGCGCCGGCGACGCCCUCGUCGCCGGCGCCGUGGGAAAACCCCCCCCCACCGCGCCCAGAGCCUUCAGCGAACAUGCCGAACCUGCCGGUCAUGAUUCCGCCAUUCCUUCGGCCGGACCCUCUCGGAGGCCUGGUACCGACAGCCCGCAGAUUCCCGUGGGACCUCGAGCGCAGCAGCCAUACCCUCCCAGCAAGCAGUGGGUGAACACCAACUUGAAAAAGGGUCCAGAUUCGCCCGGCAUGACGAGAGCCCAGUCCUUUGCGCUGCACGUGCCGCCGUCCCUUCAUCAGGGAAGCACCCAAUCCGAGCCGACCGAGCCGAGACGACGCAGCAGCGACGGAAAGUCGGAUCCAAGACCGUCGUCGGCCUUGGACGGCAGAGCUCGAACGCAUUACAGCGCCGAACCCGGCGAGAUCACCAUCAAGUCGGAAACGGAACCUCGGCCGCUCGACGAGCACAAGGAUCGAAGGGGGAAAACCCAGACGCCAACGCCGGCACCUCCAGCACCCCAAGAAGCGGCCAAGUUACCUCACGAACCAAAGCCGGAGCCUAUGAAAGACGUCGUCCUGCAUUCCGACGAGGACCAUAAGCGCAGGCGAACGCAAUUGGUCGUUCCCGUCGUGCGUUUCGUCUUGCCGUCAGAAAUGCCGCCACCAGAGGAAGCUUCCGAAUCGGACGACGAUGACAUGGCUGACUAUUUCGACAUGGAAAUACAAAAGACGGAGGCCGAACUGAGCAAACUCCCCAAACCCACUCUCCCGCUCGAGAUGAUGACCCGCUACGUGGCCAUGUCGCACGGGGCCAUGGCCCAUCUCUUGAAUGAAGCCGAGGGUCUGUCCGAAAUGCUAGGGCCGAUGCCCGACGAUGCCAACGACGUGGAUGAAAAAGUGACCGCGCCGCCGAGAAUGAAGCAAGACGAGCGGGAGGAGGGGCCUGUCGUUGCCCCGAGGGAUGGGAAUGCGUCGGCCGUCGAUGUCGAGAUGAAGCCGGCAGAGUCCCCCACCGAGCCUGAGCCUCCGGCAAGCACGGAACCCAUGGAUAUUGACGUGCCGAGCCUGGAACCGCACAAGCGCCCUGAUGCGGAUGCCGGUCCCAAGGGAGACUCGGAGAGAGCGCAGGCAGACUCGGAUGUCGUCGCCUCCAAAGAAACUCUUCCGGAAGCGACAGUCGGAGACUCGUCGAAGCCUCCCAGCACACCCUCGCCGAUACCUGGCGACGAAGACGACGAAGCUGACGACGGCGACGACGACGACGACGAGGAAGACGACGACGACGUCACGGAAUCGGAUGACGAGACCUAUCUUGAUGUCAAAACCGUCCGCCAAUUCAUGACGACACCGCCCGUCGACAGCCUGCCAGAAUACUACACCGGCCAAGACUGGUCGGCCGACAAGGCCUUCCUCGAAUCGCUCGAGUCUAACCCGGUUGUCGACAGUUUCGUCUCAACUCAUCUAGAGAAGAUUCACCUCGAGGAGACCGAAGAGCAAGACCGUGCGAGGGAAUUGUAUGCCAGCAAUUACACCCGCUAUCUCGACUUCACACUGUCCAGCGACCCGACGGCGGUGAAGAGCAGAGACAAGUUUUCGCACGGGGCGCCGCAGGUGGAAUCCAUCCCGCCGGCCGCGCCGGAGUCGAGACCGGAGGGGCGCGGGACGGGUAGGAGGUUCGCGUCGGAGCGUGACUUGGAGCGGGUUUUGCAGGCUUCCAUGCGCGAGGAUGAAGAGCGAAAAGAACGUGAGCUCCGCGCGAAGAAGGAAAAGUAUCGAAGCGAAAAGGAGGCUGUCAUCCCCGACAUGUACUGGGACGCCGAGCAGCGGGCCAAGGUGCAGUACGGCGACCGAUCGGGGUACACGCCUCCGGAUCGGCUCGUACCCGUCUGGCAGGUGCUGCCGCCGAUCAACAACUUCACGCAGGAGGAAUCGGAGAUGUUCGAGAAGCGCUACCUUGAGUUCCCUAAGCAGUGGGGCCGAAUCGCCGAGGCGAUCCCGAACCGCGACUUUGGCACCUGCAUCCAGUACUACUACAUGAUGAAGAAGGAGCUGAACCUCAAGGAGAAGCUCAGGAAGCAGCCCAAACGACGCAAGAAAGGCAGGGGCAAGCAGAGGUCAAGCGCGCUGGUGUCGGAGCUCGGCAACGGCGAGCAGGAGGGUGAUGAAACCCAACAGGAGACGGGAGAGAACGGGGAGAGAAGACGGCCGCGUCGCGCCGCGGCCCCUACCUGGGGCUUCGAGCAGCCGACGACGGACAGCGAGAACGCGACGCCAGCAGGAACGCCUGGCCGCCGUGGUGCCUCGGCCGCGGCCAAGGCGGAGCAAGGCGAGAAGGUGGACGGCAGACGGGGCAAGCGCAAGACGGCCAAGGACAAGGAGGCCAAGGGGCCCAAAGCUGUGCAGGCCCUCGCCGCCGCCCCCUCAGCGUCGUCUGCGGGACGAGGACGCUCACGAUCGAGCUCCCGCGUGCCACCAAAUGCUGAUUUUCAACGGCCGACGCCUGUUGAUGCGAGUCGCGCCACUGGUGCUUUCGAGCAGCCUGCUGCGCUCUCAGGGAUACAACCACCGUUCCCCGUACAACCACAGCAGUCGCAGCCGCAGCCGCAACAGCAGCAGCAGCAGCAGCAACAACAACAACAGCAACAGCAGCAACAACAGCAACAACAACAACAGCAGCAGCAGCAGCAGCAACAACAACAGAAGCAGCAGCAGCAGCAGCAGCAGCAGCAGCAGCAGCAGAAACAGCAGCACAAGCAGCAGCAGCAGCAACCGCAACCGCAACCGCAACCACAACCGCAGCACCUCCAGCAACAGGCGGUUCAGAAUGUUGAGCGGGCGAAACCUGCUGCGGCGUCGUCGAUCUCGGAGGUCAUGGCGGCACCUUCACUGCGGCCGGAACCACCCCCGCUGGCUCAACCGUCGAUAUCAUCCUUCCACCUGGCGCAGCCACAGGCCGAGCGGAAACCAGGCCCGCAAGCGUCGAGCUACUGGAGCGUGUCGGAAGCCAACGACUUCCCUCACCUGCUGCGAGCCUUUGGGUCCGACUGGCUGUCCAUCGCCACCCACAUGGGCUCGAAGACGGCCGUCAUGGUUAAGAACUACUUUGUUCGGCAAAAAGAUCAUGGCAAACCAGAAUGGGAAGCCGUGGUCCAGGAGGCAGACGCGAAGCGCCUCCGGGGCGAGAAGCGGCCGGACCCUCCGCAGCCGACCGUAGGUGGCCGCAGCAGAAGAUACGACACGACAGCCACGGCCGGACCGGCGAGACCUCUGGCGGUGGCACCGGCCGUCGAAGUCCAAGGCGAGCCGCCGCAAGUCAAGAUGGAAGCUGUGCCGCAGCAAGCCCGUGCCCAAGCGUUUCCGGCAUACGGAGUGCCCAUCGCACAGGCGCCCGCGCAGCAGGCCCUCGCCCAACCGGGACAGCAGCCGAUGGCCAUGCAGCAGCACGGCGCGGGUCCCCAGCCGGGACAGCAACCCAUGUCGCCGAGCACACGGCCCCUGCGAGCUCCCAUCCAGCAGCCGUUUGGCUUCCCCGAUCGGGAACGCGAGCGCGAGCCUGCGCCGCAUGCCCUGCAGCAACGAGCGGCGCUGCCUCCAAAGGCUGGAGGCACCACCGCCGGCGAGCUUCGCGAGCAACGCCCGCUGGCGGCGGCGGCGCCCCCAAUGGCCGACAUCAAGAUGGAGCGGCAGAAGAUGGAGACGCCGCAGCAGGCGAGGGAGCGGGAGCGCGACAGGGGGAGGGAGCUUGGACGGCAGCCGGAGCGACAGCCGAUGAGGAUGACGCAGGAGGCCGAGAUGGCACCCCAGCGCCACUUCGAAGCGUACGAUCAUCGUCAGCAGCCCAGCCUCGGGGGUGGUCAGCGGGAGUCGCUGUCGCUCGGCCGACCGCCACCUCAGGAAGCGUCCCGGGCCACCAGCGUGCAGCCUUACCCUCACUCGGUGCGGCCGCCUGCUCCUCCGGCGGUGCGAAGCCUGAUGGGCGACCAGGGAUCGGCACAGUCGCCACCGUUGGGCCCGCCGGCGGCACGACCCAUGUCGGCCCUCCAGCAGAGACACUCGUCCGGGCCCGGGGCGGAGCGGUACGGGACGCCGCCCACGGCGCCUCGGCCGCCGGAGCCCCGCAAGACGUCCAACAUCAUGUCUCUUCUGAACGACGAUCCGCCGCCGCCGCCGACGCGCAUGAGAGAGGGCGCGAACCGCGCAGCCGGACACGCGGACGCGUCUCAGCCGCCGCCGGACAUGGCCCGUUCACCGCCCGGACCGCCGCCGCCAGGCCAGAUGCGACGGGAACCGGAGCCCCAGUACGCUCCGUACGGACGAACCCCCUCGGGAAGCGCCCCUGCCAUGCCAUCCCUGAAGCCGACCUACUCGGGCUCGCCCAACCCUGGCCAGCUGGGUUCCGCGCAGGCGGCGGAGAGGGACUACUACAAGCAGCACGCUUAUCCGCCCGGUCACCACAACCGCGGAUCCAACUCUCCGCAGGCGUCGCACCGAUAUCAGCCUCCGGCGCAGCAGGCGCAGCCUCCAUACCAGUCGCCGGGCAACUACGCCGCGGCGUACGGCGUGGGUGGUCAGCAGCCUCACGCUGGGUCGCCGCCGCCACAGUAUGCCGGCCACGGGACCGCGUCGCGGACGCGCGAGGUGCCGCAGGGCGGUCGCGACGGCUCGUGGCCGCACCAGGGCCAUCAGCAACCUCCGCCGGCGAUGCAGCAGGCAGGCACGUGGCCCGCGCAGCCUCCCGACGCCCAAGGCCCGCCGCCUCCUCAGCAGGCGUGGGGUCCCCAGCACCCUUCCGGCACCGGCCAGAAGCCGACGACGCCAUCGCAGGCUUGGCCGGCGGCACCUCCGCCGCAGCAGCCGCCGCACCCGAUGGGCAUGCGGGACGAUCGCGGGCCGCCCCUCUACGCAUCGGGCCCGCAGCAACCCCAACAUCGAUACGGGCCGCCGGCAGGGCGCGCUCCCGAAGCGGCGGUGCCGCCCCAGGCCCAGAACUUUGCACGAUACGCCACGGCGCCUGGGCCUGGCCCGUCGCGAGAUCCUCGGGAGCCGGGCCGGAGCUACGGCGCCGGCGUCUACGACGGACGAGGGCCGCCGCCGCCACAGCAGCAGCCGCCACCGGGCUCGGGGUACCCCGGUCCGGACCCCAGAGAGAUGCAAAUGCGCGAUGGCCGAGACCCGAGAGGCCCAAGAGACAUGAGAGACCCUAGAGACCCGAGAGACCUGAGAGACCCGAGAGACCCGAGAGACCCGAGAGACCCGAGAGAUCCGAGAGACCCGAGAGACAUGGUGGGCAGGGGUAUCAGGCCACCCGAGUACGACCACCAUCGGGAUCGGUAUGGCUGA